GGCAGAAAGAAAACGAAGAGGCUGGUUGAAACCAUAGAAACGAGGAGGAAGUUUAUUUCCCCCUGGAGGAGGACGAUCCUCUGCUGACAUCGAGUUUAAGAAGAUUAUUCCUAUUUAUUGUUUAAGUGCGCGAUUCUCCGACAAUCGCAGAAAACGUCAUGUUUUAGAUGAGAGCUCAGCUAAAAGUGACGGGUUGUGAUUUCACUUGUCGCUAGCACGGCUUGUCUGCAGUCAGAGUUAGCUGGGAGGCUAAUGCUAAGCUUCCGGAAAUGUUCAAAGCUAAAAUACUCUUUAUUGGUCCCAGUGAGAGUGGGAAAACAGUUCUUGCUAAUUUUCUCUCGGACACAGCAGAAAAUAUGGGGGGUGACUACAGACCCACUCAGGGAGUCAGGAUAUUGGAAUUUGAAUCCCAACCUGAAGGCAGUGGUGACCACAACACAUGUGAGGUUGAGCUCUGGGACUGCUCUGGAGAUUUCAAAUUUGAAUCCUGCUGGCCUGCACUUAUGAAAGACUCCAGUGGCGUGGUGAUCGUUUUUAAUCCUGAUGUUCCGAGCCACCUCAAAGAAAUUGAGACAUGGUAUUCGAUGUUCAUCUCCUCUCAGGGUUUGCUGGACAAUCAGUGCUUGCUCAUAGCUCAUCACAAACCCGGCAGCGGAGUAGAAGAUGAACGCCUGCCUUUAGCCUCACAUCUGAGCAGACUGUCGCUUAUUCACUCCAACCUGGAGGAGGAGCCAGAGGACGUGAGGCAAACUUUCUGCAGAUACUUGGGAAAUGUAGUGAAUGCAAUGUCAGAGAGUCGAGAGCAAGAGGAGAUGUCCAUCAUUACAUAGCAUGUUUUUAUGCAGCUUAAUAAACAAUAAUUAAUUCACAAAAUAAGCUCUUUAAGUAACAUUAAUCAUUAAUAAAAUGAACCGCUUUUUAGAUGCUAAUGUCAUUUCCAAAAAAUCCAUUUCAAAUGUAUAUAUUUUCCUUCACAUAGAUGUGCUUGUACUUUUUGUCAUGAAUAAAAUAAAAAAAAUGAU